UAGCUUCCUCUCUGUUGACGGCUGGUUUCAGGCAGUUUAACAGUGGUACUUGAACGCAUUUGACGAGGCUGUCAGGCUCCGUUCUCUGUUAAAGCGUUGGUGAGCAGCCUGUAUCCUCAGCAUGGCAUCUGACGAGCUGGCUAUGAAGCUGCAGUCGCGAUUGGCCGCAACGCAGGAGGCCGAGCCGAGGCCGGAGCCCGAACAGAGCCCGGCCCGACCCAAACCGCAGGAGACCGAGGCAGCUUGCGGCGAAUCGUCUUCCGAGCUGUCGGCCAAACUGAUCCGCAGGCAGGACAUCAACGAGGGGAACGCUGCUCCAAGGUUAACCCGCGUCUUCAACCCCUACACCGAAUUCAAGGAGUUCUCCCGUAAACAGAUUAAGGACAUGGAGAUGAUGUUCAAACGGUAUGACACUGGUAAAGAUGGCUUUAUCGACCUGAUGGAGCUGAAGUUGAUGAUGGAGAAACUUGGAGCUCCACAGACUCAUCUGGGCCUCAAAAACAUGAUUAAAGAGGUGGAUGAAGACUUUGAUGGCAAGCUGAGUUUCAGAGAGUUCCUGCUGAUUUUCCGGAGAGCAGCUGCUGGAGAGCUGCAGGAGGAGAGUGGUCUGAUGGCUCUGGCCAGAUUGUCUGAGAUCAACGUCUCCACUGAGGGAGUGAUGGGUGCCAAAGACUUCUUUGAAGCCAAGAUGCAGGCUCUGUCUCUGGGAAGCAAGUUUGAGGCUGAGAUUCGAGAGGAAAAAGAAGAACGCAAGAGACAGGAAGAGGAUAAAAAACAGAGACAAGCCGCCUUCAAGCAGCUGCAGUCCACCUUCUGCUCAUGACCUUUUGAAAGAGGCACACAUUACAAUCCUGACAUGCACAGUCAGUGUUACCGAGGUUUUAGAAAUAGCUUCUCAUUCCACUCACAUUUUAAUCAUUGUCCUUGCAUAGAAGUUCAGAAUUCAAUUAAUACUUACUAAAAUCCUCGUAAAUACCUCAAAACACAUCACAGGCAAGGUUUACUCAUUCCAGACUUUCAGCAGCUGUUUCACUAAAAACAAUAACGCAAAAACUCAACUUUAGAUGUGUAAGGAAAUAUUUAGUGUACUUUCCUAUAUCAAGGAAAUAUAAUAGAUUUAUUGUGCAUUUCUGUAAGAUAUUUCUUAGUGUCCUCCUGUACAAGAACUGGAAGGUUUCAUCGAAGGAAUUUUACUUGUUGAGGCAAAUUUCAGCUGUAUUUAGUAUGUUCUAAAAUGUUCAUUAAGUGUUUUGAUUUUGUGUUACAGUCUGGUCAUGGUUUGUGUCAUAUGAUCUUGAUGAUCCUUACUUUGUUAACACUAUGAGGAUGGGUGUCAUUAAAUUGACAACUACUCUACAACCUGCAAUGUAAUAGAUGUAGUGUAGUCAUAGAUAUUAAAUAAUGUAUACAACUUUAUUAUAAUAGUAGAACAAUUUUAAGUAGUAAGUAUAACAUCACAUAAUGUGAAAAAACAUUUGUUGGUAGAAAGUGAAGCAGUAUGCACCUUUGGCCACUGAUGUCUCUUGGCUCAGUUGACUGAUCCUACACUAAUCAGGCUGUGCUCUGGUUGGCUUUUAUAAAUAGAAUACAGUUUGUUGAUUGAAACAGUCUGCAACAGCUUUUGAUAAUGAUUUGAUCCACUAAAAGUACACUCCCUGGUUUUAGUAUUGUGCCCCAAAUCCCUAAAAGACCCCUAAAACUCAACUGUGAACUGUCAAAACAUGGGAGGUCAUCUUUAAGCGGUGUUCGUUUUGGAAAAUGGGUUUAUUUGCUCUGUUUCUGAGAGUGAGAUAAGACAACAUAUCAGUCUCAUGUUUGUGUAGUAGCCAGAGUCAAGACAGGGUUCCCAUAGUUUUGCAUUAGGACUAGAAGCCAGAGGACAGGAAGCCCCUUUAAAAGAGCUGCUGUUUCAUUUUUUCAAUCUAUAUCCAAACAGAGAUUUAAAUAUGACAGUCUGAUUUUUGUUGCACUUAUAUGGUGAAACUUUAUUGAUAAACAAAAGUUACAUAGAUGUGGUUCCACAGCACAUAUUUCCCCCUGAAACCACAUUUUUUUAUUUUCACAUUUCUGUUUCUGUUCACAUGAAAUCGAAGAGGUAUUAUAUGUUAUAUAUUGAUAUUCAGUGAGCUGAUGUUUUUACCUUGGACUCUAUAGUGAACACACAAACAUGAGAUUGACAUAGAUCUGCUCUUCUCAUUCGCACAAAGAUUGCAAAUAAAAUCAUUUACCAAAA